GUUAAAAGUUUUACACACAUACGGUGCAAGUUACUUCAAAAGUUUGAUUUGUACAUACAUCUAUUGCCUGUACCAAGUCAGGAAUAUGACAGCUGUUGUCCAUUCGUUUUAUGUGUUUGUGCUUUUGAUUGUGCCAUUUGAUUAGGGACUUUCCGUUUUGAAUUUUCCUCGGAGUUCAGUAUUUUUGUGAUUUAACUUUUUAUCGAUCGACAUUGAAUUUAACAAAAUAAUCUUACAUAGACAUAGUUAGUCAUAAAGCAAGUUUUUAAAGAUGAGUUAGAAAAUAAAAGUGUGAGGUAGGAGAUGGACAAAGACUCUCUAAAUCAAGGUCUGGGUGAGGCAGCUGCAGCCGGGAAUUUGGAAAAAGUCAGAAAUUGUCUUGUCGAAGGUGCAGAUAUAAACGAUAGUGUGUGGUAUGAUGCAACUCCCUUACACUUAGCUGUUAGAGGUGGACAUGUCGAAAUAGUUCAAUUGUUAUUAGAAAGAGGAGAUAUAGAUCCAGAUAGAGAAAAUGAGAGGUCUGAAAAAUAUUACGAUCCCGGGAAUCACACGUCUCAGUAUUGAAUUCUCGUAAAAUUCCGAAACUUGCAGUAUGGUCAUAUCAAAAGGAUGCUGGGCUUGUCAUAUACCAAACAAUAGACAACGCUUAUAUAUAUUGUUAGAAUUAAACAAAUUUGAAAGUGAAAUAUUACUAUACAUUUUAUGGAACGAACCGGCUGUGGUAUACAGAAAAAGAAAUAACACCGAAAGUAACGAGGCUAAACCGAAUUUGACGAUUUUAUGCUUAAAAAAACAUAUAUUUUCCAAUUAAAGGGGGAGCUUAUGCCCUGUUCGCCCCCUGAAUCCGUCAUUGUCUAGCAAUUAUGACAUAGUUGAUCAAUUUGUAGAAACAUAUGAAAUAGAAAGUGUUUCUUAUUCCUUAAACUGGGAACAUUUUAUGAUAAUUUGUGGAUAAUGCAAAUCUUAA